GCACGAGAGACCGAGAAGCCUUUUCCCGUCUUUAGUCCGUCAGUGAACCAGCCAGGUACCGGCUCUGCCUUUCCUUGCCGGCUUUUUUCACUUCCCUCCCCUUUCGGGCCUUCGUUCCUCUCCUUCAUGGCUCAGCUCUGCUACAACCGAGGCUGCGGGCAGCGCUUCGACCCCGAAACCAACCGGGAAGAUUCCUGCACAUAUCACCCAGGAGUACCAGUCUUUCAUGAUGCUCUUAAAGGUUGGUCAUGCUGUAAAAGAAGAACUACAGACUUCUCCGACUUUUUAAGCAUUGUGGGUUGCACCAAGGGUUUCCAUAAUAGUGAAAAGCCCCCUGAACCUGUUAAACCAGAAGUUAAAACUACCUCUGAACAAAAAGAAUUGAACUUGAAACCAAAAUUUCAAGAACACAUAAUUCAAGCACCAAAGCCAGUGGAAACCAUUCAAAGACCAAGCCCAGAUGAGCCGAUGAGUUGUUUGCAGCUGAAAGUUUCGGCUUCUCUGAAACAAGUAUUAGAAAAAUUGAAAUUGUCAACGGGAAAUGAAAUAAAAAAAGAAGAAGAUAGUGAUGAGAUAAAGAUUGGGACUACAUGUAAAAAUGCAGGAUGUGCAAAGACAUUUGAAGGACCACACAGCAUGGAAGAAACAUGUACAUACCACAUGGGUGUACCUAUAUUUCAUGAAGGGAUGAAAUACUGGAGCUGUUGCAAGAGGAAAACAUCAGAUUUCAAUACUUUCUUGUCUCAAGCGGGUUGCACUACAGGAACACAUGUGUGGAUUAAGAAGGAUUCAAAGAAAGUGAUUCCAUGCAGGCAUGAUUGGCAUCAGACUGGAGGUGAAGUGACCAUUUCAAUCUAUGCUAAGAAUUCAGUUCCUGAAUGUAGCUAUGUAGAAGCAAAUAGCACUAAGCUAAAUAUCCAUAUUGUAUUUGAAGGCGAUAAGGAAUUUAAUCAGAAUCUCAGCUUAUGGGGGGUGAUCGAUGUGAAAAGGAGUUAUGUAAAUAUGACAGCGACAAAGAUUGAGCUCACUAUGCGGAAAGCUGAGCCCAUGUUAUGGGCAGGCUUGGAAUUCCCAGUGUCAAAAAUAAAAGAGAAACAGCAGCAGAACAUUGCAGAGCAAGCUUGAAAUCUGAAAAAAAGAUAGUUGUUGCUUCUGAAGUGGUGACUUGACAUUAUAAUACAAAUUAUUUUAUAUGCAAUUGCUUUUGCAAAAUUCUGCAUUCCAAAGACGGUUAGAAGUGCUAUGUUUUUCAAUAGAGCAACAGAUUACUUGUUUUGUUGUACUGAGCCUUAUCAGCCCAAGGCUUUGUGAACUUCAAUUUUUGGGCAGUCAGUUGUCUAUAGAAUGAGAUGUUCUGGCUUCCAGUUGUCCAAGAUAGAUAUACCUUCAACAACAGUUUUUGAAAAAUCCUACAUGGUGGCAUUAAAAGAAACUUGCUUGACUUACUUCUGUGCUUCGAGAACUUGUGCCUUAGUUUCCUAGUCUUCGCAUAGAACAAGUUCUCGUUUAAAGAGUAAACCGGCAUCUUGGUGGCACCACUUAGGACUAUUUGAAUAUUCUUCCAUUUGGAGAAUGCAUUCCAAAAAUUAAUAUAUGGCAUCUAAUUUUGUAUGUUAUUUAUUUGGUCAUGUGUAGUAGCAUUCACAGACCUGGAAUACAAAGUUGCCAUUUCAGUAAAAACAAGGUCUUAUUUUUUUAUGUGUUACAAAGGAUUGGGUGACUAUCUUCCUGAAUGGAUUUAGUCCAAUAAAAUUUUACUUAUACUUUUAUGAUUAUAUAAUUUCAAUCCCAAGUGUGCAUUUAACUCGAAUUUGUCCAAAAAGAAGAAAUGGGAACUAUAAGAUACAAGACUUUCCUAAUCCAAUGGUCAUUGAACUAGAUCAGUGGUUCUCAACCUGUGGGUCCCCAGGUGUUUUGACCUUCAACUCCCAGAAAUCCCAGCCAGUUUACCAGCUGUUAGGAUUUGUGGGAGUUGAAGGCCAAAACAUAUGGGGAGCCACAGGUUGGGAACCAUUGAACUUGAUGAAGAUGUUAGUCUUUAUAUCUUACACAGAUAACUCAGUUAUGAAAAUUCAGUUGAAACUUCAUUUAGGUUUUAAGAUAAUGUAUUUAGUAUUUUGAUUCUGCAACAUCAUUACCAGGUUUUCUAUCCAUAACAAGGGUUCCACAAGAGUUAUUAUCAUCUUUAGGCAGAUCUAAAUUCUGUACACACAUGUAACUAUGUCAUCUUCCUUGUUCUGGGUAGCAUAAAAACAGAAUUAACAGGAACAGUCUCAUGAAACAGGACUUACCCUAUUAAACUACGUAAAACACAUCACCCCCUGGCACAAACCUAAAAGGUUUCUGCUGAAAAGAAGAGUUUUAGUCUGCUGCCAGGAUAGCAAGGAGGGGACCAUUCUGGCUCUCUGGGAAGAAGAGAGUUCCAGAGUCAAGGGGCAUUUGCCACUGAGAAGGAAGGCCCUCUCUCUUGUUCCCACCAACCAAGGUUGAGAUGGAGUUGGGACCGAGAGAAGGACCUCUCCUGAAGAUCUCAGGGCCCAGCAGUUUCGUACCAGGAGAUACUAUCCGCCAGAUAGCCAGGACCUGAGUUGUAUAGGGUUAUAUAGGUCAUAACCAGCACUUUGAAUUGUGCCUGAAAACAAACAGUGAAGCUGUUGCAAUGGGAGGAUGUGCAGAUGAUUUCUAUACUGUGUGAUCGUACGGUAUCAUAGGAAACGGAGGAAGAAUAGAAUAUUCCCCUGUGUUCCUUUGGGUUUCAGGGUAUAUGGCCAUGCCAUUGAGCUACUAAGUUGCCUCUCAAUGUGAUCUCCAAAACUGGAGACAAAGGGCUUUGCCAAAGAAUUGGGGCAGACACUCUAGGAAUGUCAGCACUUCAGGUAGUUGUCUUGUAUGUCCUUAUGUUUUCUCCAUAGUAAGAUAAUGCUAUACUACAGAUAUCUGUAAAGAUUUAUUAAAUUUUGUCUGCUAUACAUCAGAAUGCAUGGAACCAGAUACUUUACAAAGUUGCCUGUGCUCUUUUUGUAUGUUAAAUAACUAAUCCUUGUAGUAAAACCAGGCUUUGAGGCCGUACAUUUCAGUUACUACAUAAAUCUGAACUACACCUAGCAUUUCACUCUCUUCAUUGCUUGAUGAUAUCUGAAAUAAUAAUCUUUUCUUGCCCAUGCAUCAGCCUCUUUGAGUUUUGGGAGAGAGGUAUGAUGCAAGUAGAAUUGGAAGUAUUUGGAAUGAAUUAAAAGGGGUUGGGCAAGUUCUUGGAAAACUAGCAGAUGUAUAUCACACGGAGCAUAGAUUAUUCAUUCUAACUUGGAAGUUUACCGACAGGAUUCAAAAAGCUAAGAAUUUGAAGAUGGAACAAAGUUUCUGUAGAAAUCGUACAGUAUUUAAGCAUUUUCUCAGUGGUCAUGUUUCUAUGUACAUAUGUAGAAAAGUAUUCAUUGCUUUUAUUCUGAUAUUUCCAAAGAACUUGUGUCAGGAAAAUUGGUAAAAUUAUAUUUGAAUGUAAACCAGUACAUUGUCUGCAAUGUCUGAAGUAGUUUUUGCAGUCUUUUUGACAAAAAAAGCUAAAAUCCAGAAUGGACAAGUAAUCCGUCCCAUGUUUUUAAAUCACAAGUGUUUGCCUUUUAUGUUCUAGCUUUAACUGUUCUGGCUUCGUGAUUCUCUGGCCUUUUUUAAGCUGAUAGUUCUUGAAUCCUGAGGAAAGGUUAUUCUUUCUAACAUGUAUGAAAAUCUGCCAAGUUUCUUUUCAUUAAAUGCCCUUGAAAUAAAUGAAGAGAAUGCAAGAAGAGCAUUGCAUUUAGGACCACACCACAGAAAUUUAGUGAAUAGCAUUCUUGUUAAUAACACAAAACUGAACACAGUGAAUCCAAACAACUCUUUGUGUUCAACACAAUUUCUUUAUCCAUUCAGUAACAACAGAAGCAUGACCAUUAGUGUAUCCCCAAAAUAACUAACUCUAAAAUGUAUCCAAAGAAAAAUAGGGAGUGACACAAAUACAAAUUCAUUAAUACAAAACAGUGCUCAAAUAUCGUAAAUGAAAAUCGGAUUUGGAUUUUCUUAUAAAUUACUUACAAAUGUCCUACUCCAAAUCCUUUUUUGCCUUACAUCAAAGAUAUGCAUGGUUUCUUAUAUAGUGGCUUCUGGAUCCCUACUAUGGUAGUGCCAAAGGUUCUGCUGCUGACAAAUUCUAGUAGUUUUUCUUGAAAACACGAUGAAUAAAGUGUGUGCGCCUUGUUUUAUGUUAUAGUCACCAAAUUUGCCAAAUGUGAGGAUACAGUCCUUAAUUAGUUUCCAAGAAUCAGUAUGCUUGAAAACUCGGGGAAGCUAUCCAUCUGUUUGAAUCUUAAUAUUGUGAAAGACGAAAUACUUUCCUUGAGAAUUAUUUAGGUAUUUUUAAAUGUCAGUCAUAGCGUUAACUUAUUUUCUUAUCCGUUUCUUGUUAGGAGUAACUGUUAGCAUAAAAUGACUUCUUCCUGUUCUAGGGAUGUGGGAGUGCUUCAAAGUUAAACUAGUAAAUUGUCCACAUUUCCAGUAGCAAAUCAUUAGUGGCACACACUUAGGUUGCUACUGAUGUUUCUAACCAAAUGGAGAUGGGGAUAAAAGGGAAUUUGCUUAUUGUAAAGCCAGUUUGUUUGUAAAUAGUCUGCAAUCUGGAAGUGUUUGUUUUCAGAGUACAACAAAACCAGGUUUAUCUAAGUUGGUCAUGACUUUCAACUUAUUACAAGAUUUUGUUUCAAAUAAGAGACCAAACUUCUUUCAAUAUAUUAUAUGGUUAUCCCUUUUUAAUAAUGUUGCCAUUUUAACCAUAACUUAGCACUCAGUGUGGUCCAUUGCAAAUUAACGUUGAUUUCAUACAGAUUGUGAAUCAACCCCACAUUUGCUCAGAGGCUCACAGGAGCAACAGCUGAUAGCUAUAGGCAUCUGCAGGAGAAUGGCAUCUCUUCAUUUGCUUAACACAUUGUGCAGGUCUAUUGUAGCUGUUAGUUCUAGUAACUGCUGCAGUAAUCAUAGUUCUCUCCGCAUGUAAGUGGUUAAUGCAUAGACGGUAGAUUGAAUUAGAGGCUUCAUGCUUCUAAUUUCAGAGUCAUCUUUUCCAGUACAAAACCAAGUCUUCUAGUUAACUUGUGAUGGACUUGUGUGUCCUUCCUGGUUCAACACAUGUUCAUAUUACAGUUCAAACUACUGAAACUUCUGUAUAAUUAAAGUAAUAUACAGUAAAGUCACCACUUCAGCAAUCAAUACUAUUGUUUGCCUUGAAAAGAAGAAAUCAAUUUAUUCUGUAUAAUAAUGCAAUUAUUUGCUUUAAAUUAUAGCAUGAGAAUUUUUAAAAACUGCAAUAGUGGUUGAGCUCAUCAAGUUCUUUACAUAUUGCAACCAAGGAGCAUCAUUUGUAUAUGAAAACUGAAGAAAAAAAUGGUGUCUGGAACACUAGAGAUUGACUGGUUUUCUUCAGUAUUUUUUUCUCCUCUGCAUGAAUGUAAGUUUUACUUUUUGUUGAACAUUAGAGGUCUUAUGUUUUCAGGCCUUUUUAUAAAUUUGUGGAAUAAACAGUUAUGAAGCUGG